AUGUUCUCCUCAUUUCAUUUCAAUGAUACUCAGGAUGACUACGAUCCUCUUAUCUGGUAUGGAAAAGAAGCAGUAGUUACCAAGUAUCAACAAGAUCCAUGGUUUUAUAUGGAAGAUAGUGAAUUUAUGGAUUUGUUUUCUUCAGUGUAUGGCUCUCGUCAAGAGAAAACUGUGGGGCCCAAAACUGAAUUGAUCCAAAAUCAUCAACCAGAUGAUUGUGAGCAUAAUGAUUUUGGCCACUUGAUCAUGCCCUUGGAAAUUCAGUCACAAGUUUCUGAACAAGGCAAACCCCUCAAGGAUAAGGCACUACCGUUUUCCUCAGCAUCAUUGGAGCUUCUGGCCAAUUACGAAAGGGGUUUCAAUAAAACGAGAGGAGCUUUCAGUGAUCUGAGCAAUGAUAAUAAUGUAGUUGGCCAGAAAUUAACAAUGGAGGAAAUUCUGAGGAUGGCUGGAGAAAGGUUCAUCCAAUUUUCCACCAACAAGGAAGAUGGUAUUUCCAUGUUUAUCCACCCUUAUGGCUCCUCUCUCUCAGGCCUUUCCAUAGACGAAGCAAGGGACGUGGAACUUCUACACCUUCUCCUUGUUGCUGCAGAAAACUUGGGCUUUAAACAUUUUGACUUUGCGAGUAAAAUGAUUACGCGUUGCCUACAGAUGGCAUCUGUUUCAGGCACUCCAGUCCAGCGUGUUGUCUAUUAUUUUGCUAUAGCUCUUCAAGAGAGAAUAAAUAGAGAAACUGGGAGGAUCAUGACUCAGAAAAUAAAGCUACCAAUCAAACCCUUAAAGGAACUUGCUUUGGAAACUAACAACACGUUCUUGGCAUCCCACCAAGAACUGCCCUUUACCCAAGUGAUGCAAUUUGCUGGAAUACAAAACAUAAUUGAAAAUGUGAGAAGAGCUAGCAAGAUCCAUUUGAUUGAUCUUCAAAUCAGGAGUGGAGUUCAAUGGACAGCCCUGAUGCAAGGACUUGCAGAGCGGCAUGAGCACCCAAUCAAGCGUCUUAACAUAACUGCAGUUGGAACAACUGAUCAACUAUAUAUUGAAGAAACUGGCCGGAGACUGCUGAGCUUUUCCGAAUCCUUGAAUUUACCUUUUCGGUUCAAGGCAGUUUAUGUAACAGACAUGAGAGACUUCAAGGAAGAUCUCUUAAAUAUUGAAGCUGGUGAAACUGUGAUUGUUUACUCCUUUCUGAUGUUGAGGUCAAUGGUAUCAAGGCCUGACUGCAUAGAAAAUGUAAUGGGAGCAAUAAGAAGGCUCAGGCCUGUUCUAAUGGUUGUCGUUGAAGUAGAGGCGAAUCACAAUUCUCCUUCAUUCGUGGAUCGCUUCAUUGAGGCACUCUUGUCUUAUAGUGCUUAUUUCGAUUGCUUGGAAGAUUGCAAGGAGCGAAUCGGUCAAUCCAGAAUGAAUCUUGAAGGGAUUUAUUUCAGUCGAGGGAUUCUAAACAUAGUUUCAACCGAGGGUCAGGAGAGGACCUCUCGAAAUGUAAAGACCGAUGUAUGGAGGGCAUUUUUCGCAAGGUUUGGAAUGAUAGAACUUGAACUCAGCGAGUCAUCUUGGUAUCAAGCUUAUUUAGUUCUCAAGCAGUUCGUACAUGGAAGCUCCUGCACUCUUGAACGAGAAGUGCUGGAUAACAUGAAAGGCAUUUACAUUGAUAUUAUUGAAGGUAGUCAUAGGAUGCUUAACCGCCUUUACUCGGUUAGCAGUAAGUCAGGAAAAAUCAUCGCGUAG